CAUGUGGAGUAAAGCGAACUGUAGGGAACUCAGUUGUGCGGUUUGCGACGUGUACACUCCAGACGAUUUCGUUCUGCCCCUGUCCGAAGGUAACGCGGUGCGGCUGGACGUGAACCGGCCCACCCUGCUGCAGUACAUCGCCACCCGCAGCCCCUCCCAGCUGUUCGACGCGCUGGUCGCGAAGAAAGCGCUGAGCCGGCGGGACGUCCACGUCAUCUGUAACAACAAGGAGACAGACAUCGACAUUAACAGCGCACUACUAGACACCAUCAGCCGGAAGGGCGAUGACGCCUUCAAAGCGCUCUCGGAGGCGCUACGGAAGGGCGGUUCCUGGCAGGGAUACCUGGCCGACGUGCUUGAGGGGAAGGGGCUCAUGAUAGGUCUAACGGCGAGUUUUAAGGUUGUGGCGUCCGCCGUCUCGGCCCGUUUCCACAACAGCUGGACGUCCCUGCCGCGGGAACUCAGGCUGCCUAGAGAGGAUCUGGAGUACUGCAAACGGGAAAACAGACAGGUCCAGGACAAGGUGCUGAACGCGCUGGUCCGCUGGCGGCGCCUGCGCACUGACAUCUACGAGCUGAAGGAAGAACUGAAGGAGGUGCUGGUCAGGAUGAAGUGCCCGGAUGUAGCAGACCAGAUAGACGAGAUCGAUGAUGAGGACCCGCCCCUGCCCAGCCCGAGGAAGAAACAUAAAAAAACGGAAAGUCCCUUACCUCAUGAGGAGGAGGAGCCGAACCAACCGGACCAGGAUACUGAAGAGGACGGCGGUGAAGCCAGUAACGGGCGGAAGAUGAAAGCCACCUUACAGCUGGAGCAUGACGGGGGGUCGAUCACUAUAUCCCUGGGGAGGGUCCAGGUGGACCGGGAUGACAUCCGCACCACCAGUCUGAGGGACACGCUGUGUUACGUCUUAGAGAACGUCAAAGUGUCGUCCCGGGAAAGAACCAAACUGCCGCCAGGCCUGGAGAUGGAGGAUCAGAGCCAUGCCCUGGCCAGCGCGGGAGUGACGUCAGAGAUCUCGGGGCUGGGGAGGGACACAGACAACCUGUGUCCGGUGCUGGGGGUGCACGUCUACGUCACUUCCGUCGUGCCGCACAUCAAACCUUUUCUGGACGUCGCGAACGCCGCACUGGGGGAGAUGGCACGAUGGCAGAGAGACGUCCGUCUUAAAGAAGCGGUGGCCUACUUGCAGGAGCUUGGCGUGGAGGUGGUCCGCGUGUCUCCCCACUCCGCCUCAAGCGUCGUCUUCGUGGUCCUGAGCCGCAGCAUGACGUCACUCACGUCGCUAUGGGAACAGUACCGGCAGGGUUACCUCCGUAGGAUGUUCCAGAGAACCCUGGUGAACGAGCGGCUGCUGAGGAAGAUCAGCCGGCGGACGGUACCGCGUAUCAACGUCAGGAACGUCACCGUGGAGACGUACAUGAACGAGGAACAUUACAAGUUCAGUAGGAACAGACUGCAGAUGAUUAAAGACCAGCUGGGACCUUCAGACGGUUUGGUGAGGGAGUCGCUAAGAAUCUAGAGUUUGCAAAGACUUAACACCGGUGCCGCUGGUCAAUGUCGGAACCGUCACCAUGGAAACGUAGGUGACAUGCGAAAGUUAAGUAGAAACAGACUUCAGUGAUGACGGACCAGCUCAUACCUUCAGACGGUUCGGUACGGGAGAACGUAGAGUUUACUGAGGCUUGUUU